CACGUGGGUUACUGAAUGAUAUUGUCAUCGGGACCCAUAAAAGGACCCAUAACUAGAAGAUAGAAGACAGCAAGACUAGAGUGUAUAAAAGCCCCUGCAGAAGGACAUCCACCCGUCACUAUCCCGGUUCCCCAGCGUCUGGGCUGUCUCGCAGGUCCGUCCCGACACAAGCGAUGAUGCCUGUCUCCAGCAUCAUGUGCGGAACCUUUCUGCUCCAUUUUUUCCUGUGUCUGCACUCCGUACCGAUAGCGGACAGGAGCGGCAACAGGUACAAGUCAGCGACGGAAUGGCUGGAGAAAUCACAUGACAACUACCUGAAAAAAAAUAGGGGGCUACCUCACAUACAGGACACUCUGAAGGAGUCCCGGGUCAGGGGACACCUGCACGGAGGGCUACCCUGGAGAAGUGGCUCCGUGCCCAGGCAGAGACCCCGCUGUGGUGUCCCAGACUCCCCAGUGCACCGAGGGCAACGGCGACAAAGGCGGUUUGUGCUCACUGGGAAGAAAUGGCUGAACAAUGACCUCACCUACAAAAUCGUGAAUUUCCCGUACCAUUUAAACGAGAAAGUGCGUUGGGUCAUGAAGGAGGCGCAGCAGAUGUGGAGCAAAGUCAGCCAGCUCACCCUAACCGAGGUCAACGAUGGACAUUCUGACAUCACCAUUGACUUCCUCAGGCUGAGGCAUGAAGAUGAAUUUCCCUUUGAUGGUCCUGGAGGUGUGCUAGCUCACGCUUUCUUCCCCGGCACACCAAGGCAAGGGGACAUCCACUUUGAUGCCGAUGAGAACUGGACUGUGGGGAAUCGUGAGGGCAUGGACCUGCUCAACACAGCCACCCAUGAGUUUGGCCAUGCGCUGGGCCUGCACCACUCCAUGGUCCCCGACGCCGUCAUGUCACCGUUCUACACCUUCACUGACCCAGUCGCUCUGACUGAGGAUGACGAGCAGGGCAUCCAGGCCUUAUAUGGCAAACGGCCCCCCGCCAUCGUCAGACCAUAUAUGACGGAGACCAAUGAAAUCACUCCAGCUAAGCCUGAUGCCUGCCACACAGAUUUUGACGCAGUGUCCGUCAUCCGAGGGGACCUCUUCUUCUUCAAGUCUGCUUACGUGUGGCGUCUCCGAGAUGGGCACCUCCAGACCGGCUACCCCGCGCUGGCAGCCUACCAUUGGCCUGGCUUCCCCAAGAGAAUCGAUGCCGCCUUUGAGGACAUAUUUGGAAUGAUAUGGUUCUUCCAAGGCUACAAUUUCUGGGUUUACGAUGCUGAGAAUCGGGUCAGGGGCCCGGAAUCAAUGAAGAGCCUGGGAGUUCCUGUCUCCGAUAUCCAGGCCACCUUCUCAUGGAGUAAAAGCCAAGACCAGAGGACCUACUUCUUCAAGGACGAUAAAUACUGGAUCUUCGAUACCUCCAACAAGAUGGUGGAAAGUCCACACCCAUACAGCACGCAGAACUGGAGAGGAUUCCCCAGGAACAUCGAUGCAGCCUUCCAGGACCAGCAAGGCUACGCCAACGUUCUUAGUGGAAGGCAGUACUGGAAGUUUGACCCAGUGAAAAAGAAGGUACUGGAAGGCUAUCCCCGCUAUAUUGGAGUUGACUUUUUUGGUUGCUGAAGGUCUUAAACAAGCCUGUGGAAGAGCAGCAUUUCCACACUGGACUGGCGUGUGUUGGAACGUCCUCAUUAAUGUCUGUCGCCCUCUGGUGUUCAUAUGUUAUACCAGCCUCAGCGAACAGGAGACAGCAUUUCCAAGUGCCACCGUUGUUUCCAGAAAGAACACUGUGAAUCAUCUUUAGAUCUUCCACGAUGGUACAAUGUUCACAUUUACAUCCUUUCAGUAUUGGUGGAAGGCCUUAAUAUCAGUAUCAAUUAGUAUUUAAUAUCAACAAUAGAUGUAGUUAGCCAAUAGUAUUUUUUUACUCAGUAGGCAGCAAAAUAAGUUAUAUGUGAAUAAGUGAACUUGAAAGUCACUGACUCUCAGGAAAAAAAAAUGAACAUUUGAAUAUGUAUGUCUGAACUAAUGUUUAGACACUUCAUAUAGCAGCUGAAAUCUUAUUUGUUGAAGAAACAAACAGCAUAUCUACCUUUUACAAGAAGGACAUGAUUUCAUAGUUCAGUUUUGUAGCAGUAUAACAUUUUCUGUUUGGAACACAUCAGGUACUAAACUGCUUAGACAACAGCGGUGUGUGAAUCAUCCACACCUUAAUACCUGUCUAACUUGUGUUAUAAGCAGGAGUGUUUGCAUAAAAAUUCGAGGAGGAUAACAACCAUCAAACUGACUGCUGAUCUAUAUUAUAUCUGUAGGUCACUCAUUCUCUCAGGUUUGCGUAUAUCCAGCAGGAAAACUACUCGUUUUAAAACCCGACUGCUUUUCCAACAUUUUUUUUCAACUGCAGGGGUAUUUACAGUGUUGUAAUGAACUUUAAACAAACAUAUAACCAGCCCUAGACUUAUACUGUAGCCCCACACAGAAAUUCACAAUAACAUUCAUCCAUCUUCCAACCUCUUAUCCUGCUAACCCAGAAAGCACAGGGCUGGGGAACACCCUGCGUGGGAUGCCAGCCUGUAGCAGGGCACACAGACACAUCUUGGUACAGAUUUGACACUUCUCUUAUAUAUCAAUAACAAUGAUCAGGGCUUUGCUAAGUCAUUGAUUGUAUUUUGUCUGUGACCAUGACCACAGUAAGUGGUUGGAAGAUGGAUAGAAAACAUAGUAACAUAUUUAAAUUUCUGUUCACCUAAUAUACAUCUUGAUGACACAUAUUUUUUUGUUCUGAAAAAAAUGGCAAGUCCUAAUUUUACAAACUAUAUGAUAAAAUCAAUUUCAAGUUGUACCAAAAACCUAAUUUAAUCCUAAGGACUGGCUCUGCACGAAAAUAAGCCCCAGUUUUGAUGUAAAUUGCAGCUGAACUACUGAACUCUGCCUUAUGCAAUAUUACUGAUACCUUCGGAAAAACCAGAGAGAAUGUGACAAAUAGUGCCGUGUGUCAGUGCUGGGCACCGAUGGAGCUGCUGUUUUCACAUUCGUUUUGUGGUGAGUUGAUGGACCUGCGAUUUCAUGGAAGGGAUGUGAAGAGGCUUCUUGAAGCUCUCCUGGCUGCAGUGUCUGCAUUAGCACUGCUCAGCUCAUGUAUGUUUUCACUGUAUGUGUAUGUGCCCUGUCAUGGACUGGCAUCCCGUCCAGGGUGCGCCACAGCCUCAUGCUUCACUGUCUGGGGACCGCACCAGGCUCUCCUGUGACACUGACCAGUAAACGCGGUUAGAAGACGGACCGACGAAUUUUUUUAAGGGUAUUUAUGUUGUCUUAACACAACCGAUCUUUUAUUUUUCAAAAUAUCAUAUGUAAGUAUCAUGUAUAAAAUAUGUUUAAUAUUUCGACAUAAAUAAAGGUAACGCUCGCUCAGGCUUUGAUCCUC